GGGAAUCGAUUCCACAGACCGGACGUCCGUGAUUCCUCGAAAGUGACAGUCGCGAUUCCAGUCUGCAGUGAGUGGGUGGUCAAGGUGGCAAUGGCUCCACGCGUGCUGACCGUGGUGAGGUGCCUCCUGGGGGCGUUCUUCGCUCUGGCCGGGCUCGUCAAGGUCACCGACCUCGUGUCGCCAGACGUCCAUCAGCACAUGAAAGAGGAGUUCUCCAAGUUCUCUGCCGUCUUCCCGCUUGCCCCGCUGGGCUGGCGACCUCCGCCCGACCUCUACAUGGCCACCGUCGGCUGGAUGGAGCUCCUUCCCGGGAUCCUCCUCGUGCUGGGGCCCACUCCCCUGCAGACGGCGAGCGGCGUCGUGCUGCUCGUCAUCAUGAUCGGCGCCAUCUACAGCCUCCUGUCCCUGGGGCUCCCCCUGGUUCAGUGUCUCCCCGCCACCGUCUGCCUCCUCCUCCUGCUGCUGCUGCUGCUCAAGCCCAAGGAGCCGGUGGCCACUGGGGGUCGCCUCAAGACAAAAACCUCCUGAG